AUGCAGGACGCCUCUGCAUGUGCCAACAUCGCGCAGUGCGGUGACUGUGUUGUUCACUGCAACUGCGGCGGGGCCCGGCCCUGCCUCGGCUCAAACACGACGCUCCGAUGUCUUGGAGCUGAUGAUCCCGUCAGAAGUCUGUUACCGGUGCAGCUCCCGAAUGGUCAGUUCCCACUUGGGGAGUGCGACGCCUCGGCCAGUGCUGGCACAGUGGGCCUCGUGGCACCGGAUCUCUGUGGGCCCAGUCUUUGCUGCCCGGCAAGUCCCUUUGUGCCAGCGGGCUGCCAAAACGAUCUCGACGCGCGGUUGGGGAUGACAGGGCAAUGCCAGGCAAUGGUCGACAGCGGCUCCUUCUCAUGUGAAGCGAGCUUCUGCCCGACGUGUGGCCAACUUGCCGGGCAGUGCGAUCAGCUUUGUGGAUAUGGCCUUUGUGCUGUUUGCGGCGACUGCUUUCCCUCUGCUCGCCUGGGUCUGGGCCGUCCUGACACUUGCGAUGAUGGGAACGCGCAGGAUGGCGAUGGCUGUAGCAGCUCAUGCCAGGUAGAGGAUGGCUGGACCUGCACCAAGCAGGUGGUUUCCGUCACAGACAUGACCAUUGGGGUGCAGACCGUUACGACGAUUGACAGGUGCACGACUUGUACAGAUUCCCCAGUGGCUUGGGUGGACAGUCAGGGCUACACCUGCGAGGACUACAAGCUAUUUGGGGCCUGCGAUGCCAACUCACUGUCUUCAGACGCCUUGGUACUUGGCGGGCGAAUCCGUUCUACUCCAGAGUAUUUCCGGUACCAGUUCCUCUACAAUAUUGAAGUUACUCCUAGCAACCCACUCAAGAUGUUAGUUUCCGUGGCUGCCGCGAACGACGCGCACAUCUUUCUUGGAAAGCCUGGCGAGUACGGCUUCGAGAUUGUGAUUGGCGGUUGGAACAACGGACUCUCCGUGCUAAAGAUGGAGCCGACCCAACAAACACUGGGCAACCACUAUGGUCGCCUGCUGUCCGAGUCGGAGAUGAGAACGUUCUGGGUCUACUAUGCCUGGGAUGGCAAUCUCAGCGUUGGCCAGGGGGAGGUUUUCUGGGAGAACGCCACCCUCUGGGGCUCCACCACCUCCAUCCACGUGGUCAGCUCAAGAAAUUGGUAUGACAGCACCACCCAGAUCAGUCUUCUGAACGAGGUGUACAUCAGCACCGGCUGGCACGCCGUUGGUGCUUGGGAUGUGCGGCUCAAGGGAGGCUUUGCCGGAGUGACUCUUGGGAGCCUCGCCGAUGGUUCAGGAAUCGACGCCACCUCCGCCUGCUGCGUCUGUGGUGGGGGCGUAUCUGGAAGGCCGUGCGAGCAACGCGAUCCAACACCUGUCGGUGGUGGUGAACUUCCAUUCCAAGCACGUGGUGAUGUCAUUGGCAGUACCGAGGGCAGCAGAAGGCUCAGUGGCCUUGGCGGCUUUGCGUCUGACCCGCUGCUCUUGGGAAAGCCCAGCACGGAUGGCUUUUCCUUGAACCUCAACUUUACCAGCUGCACGACGACCCAGCAGUCCGAUCCUUCGGGCGACUGGUGCAUCCUCGAGGUUGCGGUGGUCCCCGCCGUGGCCAAGAACCGUGUGAUGUCGCCCUUGGCAAACGUCUGGACCCAGGUUCUGGAUCCCGGAUGCCGCUUGAUGAACCAUCACCAGGUGGGCUCGAGCUACUCCUGGCAAGCCACGGGGUGCAACUUCACCUCCGGUGCGCUCUAUGCCGCCGCCUUGCAUCUGACCACAGGACAAGGCGACGUGCUUCUGCUCAUAGACUUGCAGAUUCCAGGCAUACCGACGUACACACCCAGCUCCGUGUUCUUCAGCGACUCCGACGUUCGCCGUGGCUACCUCUUGGGAGAGGUGACAGUCCAGGGCGCCGAGGAUGAAAGCAACAUCCUGCAAUAUCGCGCAUACUUCGGGCGAUCAAACGACACCAGGGUGAACUUCCUUGCGGACGCGCGGGCUGCGGGCAUCGGAUGGGUAAAUACCUACUCUGGUGGGGGCUUGCGAAAUGGAUUCAACAAUGAGUGCCUCUAUGGCGACUGCAGCUGGAAGAUGCAGUUGUCAAGGACUGCCGGCAAUGGACAGCCCUACAGCCAGUACAUCAUAAGGCACGACUACACAGGGUUGUGCCUCUGCUAUGCAAACUCGGUUCUCUCACGCAGCGAGUGCUAUGCAAACCUGCUGACUCUGAAUAGCCCCAUGGCCUACAAGUACACGCCAUCUGGCAAUGGUGCGCUGGUGGAUAGGAAUAACAACUUCUACAAGACCAUCUGGUAUCGAGAUAUUGGCGAUCCGAACACGAAGACGAUGGAGUCUGUCAAAGCCGUCAUGCAGCAGGUUUGUGACGACUACACGCCAUGUGUGGGCUUCCUUAUCGCUGAGACCAACCUUGACGGCAUCAUCCUCCUCGACCGCACCUACGGCACCGACGAAUACCCAGGUCUCUGGCCUCCAGAGAUUCAUCCAGCCCUACUGGCCGUCGGCGCAGAGGCAGCUUGGAGCGCCUACGGCGACUCACAGGCACUGAGCCCGGCCAAUCCGACAAGGACCAGUCUGGACAUCGUUAAUGAUCCGAUGUGGCAGCCGUGGCUGGCAUUCAUUAAGGAGAAGAAGGACCCCGACUGCCUCUGGUCACUCCAGGAUCGGAUCUUCAACUCCACUGUGGAGUCUCGCCUCAAGAGCAGUGCUUCCGCCGCCUGCCUCUGUCAGGUGCCAGAGACCACGGAGACGGUGGGCGCAGAUGGGGUAGCAGCCCCCGCGGCCGACGACAGCGUUCACAAGCCCCACAUUGGCAAGUUCUGUGAUGCCAUGUGGAUGGACUUCACCGUGGAUGGCCAGGAGCUGGGCGAACGCACAUUGUCGGAUGGCGGUCGCAGUCGCAAUCGUCCGAGGUAA